AUGUCAUUUGGACAGAGUACUAGUGCCGUUGAACACUAUUUUAAAAAGCACUUUUUGUACCCUAAGUUGGUGUAUAACAUAUCUAGACAAGCCUUACACUUUAUUAGGGAUGAAGAAAUUCGUUCCCGCGAAUGUGGUAAGAAUCGGAAAAAGUGUGGUUGUGUGAUGAAGAUAACAUACGGGUUGCCAUGUGCUUGUCUAAUAGCAUUGAAGAUCGACAAAAAGCUACCUAUUAGACUGGACGAGAUUAACACUCAUUGGAAGAGGUUACAAAUUGACGAAGCAGAUGAUGGACAGGUUGACUGCUCGAAGGAGUUUAGGGUCAUUCAGGAACGGUUGAGAUUAUCAAAUCAGAGUAUGCAGCUACAAAUUAGGGAUCAACUGCGACAGAUAGCUUUUUCAGAAAUUACAUCGCUAACUGCACCGGUCAAACAGGUAGAUACAAAGGGUGCAAAAAAACGGGCAAAGUCAAGUAAAUGUAACAGUUCUACCACUAGAUCUCCAUCUAAUUGGGAGCACAUUGAUGCCCGAUAUCCUGACAGUCAGGCAUCACAAUCAAAACCAGCCAAACCCAAAAGGAAGACUGCUCACAUAGGCACUUUGUCUCCUAAUGCUAUACCUCGCCGUUCAAUUCCGUUUAUGGAGCAUAUGCCACUGUUCAUGCAUUCAUAUAUUGAGGACAUUAUUGAUGUUAAAGGGGAUGGGCAUUGUGGAUUCCGUGUUGCAGCAGAGUGUCUUAAUAAGGGCGAAGAUAGUCAAGGAUUAGUUCGUUCAAAACUUAUCAGAGAGUUAACCAUGUUUAGGAAAGAGUACCUGCCUAUUUUCGGUACUGAGGCACGUCUACAAUACAUUCUUGAUGGUUUGUUCCCUCCCAAGGUAAUGCCUAAGAAUGGCAUUGCACCGGAAGAAAAUGUUGGAAUAUCUUUUGAAUUAAGAUUGACGAAGUUUUUACAUCCCUUCAAGAUGUAUGCUUGUGUUGAAGUGAAAGGAAGUAUAUGUUGCAUCCCUCUCUCCAUUGUCUGGUGCACACUAAUCAAGGAAAAUCCAUCUGAUGUAUUUAUUGCUUCCACUAAGGUUACAAGUGAGUUUGUUGAUGAGUCUCUCAUAGGAUCUGUCUCUGAAAAUGAUGUUGUGUCGAAUGUCGGUACAUCUUUGGCACCUAAGACUGAUGUUGUGCUAAGUACUAUCACAUCUGUGGUACCUGAUAUUAUGUUGGAUCAAAGUGUUCCAGAUACCUGUUAG